AUUGUGUUGACAGUUAAACUUCUUGUUUGUUUAUUGAACUUUUAACCCUUAUCGACUUACAUUUUCAAUGCGACUGAUAAAACCUCGAGCGUCGGAUGUUCUAACAACUUAUUUGAAACAAUGUAAUGAACCGCCCUGGACGUCUUACUUUAUUAAGCAAAAAGAUGUAUCCAACGAUCAAUGGGGUAAAUCACAUUUUAACUGGACUCUAGAUAGUGGAAAUAAUUAUCAUAUUCUGCGAACAGGAUGUUAUCCAUACAUGAAAUAUCACUGCAGCAAGCGACCUUAUCAAGACCUUAGUUUGGAUGACAAUUUUUUCAGAGUCAUGAAAGUGAUAAAUUUGGGGAUUCCUCUACUGUUUUAUGGUUUAGCAGCAAUAGCUUUAAUCAAACACACGGAGAUUGUUCACAUGGCCGACGGGCAGAAGGUUCCAAUAUAUUUCUUGUAUCCAGAAGAUAAGGGAUCGCCUCAUUGAACUGAUUGGAGGUGAAUGCGAACUGAUCUAGUCAACGUUUAGUCGUUAGUUUAACUAUUCCGCCACUUCCUCAAAAUGUAUAAAUUCCGAACCCAAUUCUGUUAUUAAAAUUACCGAAAAGACGAAAGA